GUAAUUAUAUUACAAGAAAAAGUCACAAGGGGAUUAACUCAGUUUCAGAAAAAGAGGUCUGUCUCUGGCGUCGCUGGAAUUUAUUGCGAUCAACACAAACAUCGUGUCCCAGCCAACCCGGAGUUUAAGGCUGUUUAUCUUAUCUUUUCCAUUUUAUCUCGUGUUUAUUUCAGAUGCUCCAUGCUUCCAAAUGUUGAAAUGGGGGUGGUAUUUCCUCCACACAGCUCGAAGAACGGGUGAUUCAGGAACCAUAUACCCCUGUAGAAGACUUUCAUAAAUAUAAUCUAAUAAAUUACCAUAAUAAUCUAAUAUUACAUAUAUAUAUAAACAUAUUUCAAGAUACUUGGGCUGCUCGGACCAAUACUGCUUAUUGGAAUUGUUAUAGACAUAUCCCCCGCAAAGAGUAUGUCACUUUCGGAAAUAAGGGGGCUAUCUCAUGCUGUAGCUCUGUGUUUGCUGAUAUGUCCUGUUUGUCUCUUCACUUGGCAAACAUCACUGAGCUCAGUACUUCACAAAAUUCCACAGUCAAGCCACAUUAAGCGCCAGUUACGAUAUGGUAAUGAAUGGAGUUCCUGGACAACUUGGUCUCCAUGCUCUCGCAGCUGUGGUGGUGGAGCAUCUGUUCGAACCCGGAUGUGCCUUACCAGAAAUGCACAAGAGGGACCUUGCCCAGGUGAACCCAGACAGUAUAAAAUUUGUAAUGUACAGGUCUGUCCGGCUGGAUCCAUAGGAUUUCGUGACUUGCAGUGUGCCGCCUACAAUGAUAAAUCUAUAAUGGGCAGCAAGAAAUUCCAGUGGACUACAUUUGUUGGAGGAUCUGAUCCUUGUGAUUUAAGUUGUUUAGCCCUGGGACAAAAUUUCUACUACAACUUUGGCCACGUGCUAGAUGGAACUCCCUGCCCAACUGAAACAGAUGGCGUCUGUAUUAAGGGCCAAUGUCUUAGACCUGGCUGUGACCUGAUCCUUGGUUCUGAAAAACGUGCAGAUGCUUGCAUGGUUUGUGGAGGACACAACACUUCUUGUUUACGACAUCGCAGUGUAUACCAAGACCAAAAUAAGGCUGCAGGGAAAAUAGAUCCUGUACCUGGAGAACCUAACAUUAGUGCCAGUGGAAACAUUGUGCUAAUGCUUGCACAAGUUAUUCGUGGUGCUGUCAAUCACUCGCUGUAUUUUGACAACUGGUUUUCUUCCUUGGAUUUGUUUGUUGCUCUUGCGAACAAGGGAAUACCAGCCCUUGGGACUGUGCAGAAAAGUCGCCUGCAAGGGUGCAAUUUCAGCGUAGACACCGAUAUGAAGAAGAAGGGAAUAGGAACAUUUGAAGAGAAAAAGGUUGUUGUUGUCAAUGUAGAAAUAAGAGCAGAAAAAUGGUUUGACAAUAGAGGGGUGAUUGUUGCCAGCACUUUUGCCAGUGCCCAGCCCGUUUCUAACAUAGAAAAAUGGGAUAGAAAGUCAAAAAAGAAAGUGUCUAUAGAAUGCCCAAACAUCAUCAGCAUGUACAACAAGUUCAUGGGCGGCCUUGAUGCUCUUGACGCACUAAUUGCAUAUUAUCACAUCCACAUAAGGUCAAAAAAGUACUAUCAUCGGUUCUUUUUUCAUUUUGUUGAUAUGGCCCUUGUAAACAGUUGGUUGUCAUAUCGACGUGAUUGUGAUUCACUGGAUGUUCCAAGAAAGAAGCAGAAGGAUUUGCUUGCUUUUAGAACAUCAAUUGCACAUGCACUCUGGAUGCAAGGCAAUAAUAUAUCAAGGAAGAAGAGGUGGCAGCAGUUAUCUUAUGUUGAUAGGGAUUUCGAAAAGAAGAAACAUCGAGGUCCAGCUAAGACUAUUCCAACACUGGAAGUCCGUUCAGAUGCUGUGGGUCACUGGCCAGUGGUUGAAAGUGGACGGCAACGCUGCACACGCCCAAAUUACCGCUGUGGUAAAUGCAAAAAGAUCAGAGGGAAAGAAAAUCGGGUGAGAGAAUACUGCCAGAAAGAUUUUGUGUUCCGGGGUAAGAUACUAGAGAAGACCUACAGGGGUCAAGAGACCCGCUAUGAUGUGCAGGUAAUGUAUACAUAUCGCAACCGUUUCCCAUUGAUACAAAGAGAAUUCAUAUGGGUACCCAACUUGUGCAACUGUCCGCAACUGGAGAAAGGACUUGAGUACUUCAUAAUGGCAAGACGCCAUGUGAAUUAUGAACAGACUCUUAAUCGUAUCUUACUGGAGACUAAUAGCUAUGUGAAGUCCUUCCAUCCUCGGGAAGACCAACUGUUACGCCAUCUGGAUGCUGAAUGUGUCAAGCAAAAAUAUUCAAAUACUCCUCUCUGAAUCUAUGCCAUAUGCAACUGUGCUUCUCUCAGGUUGAACAUUCCGGCUGCAUGGUAACCAAAGACAUCAUGGGAACAUUUAGUGGGAUACAGAAAUCUUAGAAUCUGAAAGAUAAUUCAUGACUCUACCAACUUCACUUGGCAUUCUGCUUUCCUAUAUUUCAGGAAAAAGAAAGAGAAAAAUGAUAAGACUAUAACAGUUGUAUUAGCUUGUAGUCAGAGAAUAGACAAAAUGACACCACAGCUUCAUCAUUAUCUCACUAGGAUGAACUGUAUCGACUGACACUGAAAAAUGUAUCGUGUAAAUAUUUUGUUAUUAAAUGAAAGUUUCACCAAACUCACGCAUUUUCAUAUACAGUGGUACCUCGGUAUACAGUACGUCCGUGUUGGAAUAAGUCCAACUUGAUAUACGUCCUGUUU